AUGGGAAUCAACAAUUAUACCACUUCAGGAAGUACAACCAGAAUUGGAGAUGGUAUGGAGGGAGAAAGGGAUAUUAUUGAGUCUCAAAAUGAGAGAAGCUAUCUUUUAAAGAAAGAAACCUCAGAUUAUGUACAUGAAAAUAGAGCUCACGAAGGAUUUCAAGAGUAUCAAGAAUUGGGUUUCAACGAGGAAGCACAAAACAUUCUUCCACCGGACAUAGAAGAGCUACCAAGAGUCGUUAGAGAAUCAGUUACUUUUGAAGAUGAUCCAGAAACUCCAGUAUUUACGUUUCGCUACAUCUUGUUAUCACUGAUUUUUGUUCCACCGGGAGCUUUUUUGGACACAAUGAAUUCAUACAGAACUACCUCAGCUGCUUAUUCCAUAUUUUUCGUUCAAGUUGCAUCGCAUUAUUUAGGAAAAUGGUUAGCUAAUAAUCUUCCUGAUAAAAGGAUAGACUUGAAGAUUUUCAACUUUAGGCUCAAUCCAGGUCCAUGGUCCAUUAAAGAGAAUGUGCUUGUUACAUUGACGGCUGCUAGUGGUGCUACUUCCAACUUAGGCACAACUCCAAUAUCAAUGGCAGAAGUUUAUUAUAAUGAUAUCACACCACCUUUAGUCGCUCUACUAUUCAUGUUGUGUAUAAACUUGACUGGUUAUUCAUUUGCUGCUAUUGCCAGAAACUUCUUAAUUUAUGAUCCAAAGUUUAUUUGGCCAAAAGCUUUGAUGCAAUCAAACUUAUUCAACUCUAUGAACAAAUCUGACUUGAAUCCCAAAAGUGUAUCCAAACAAAUGAGGAUAUUUUUUUAUGGUAUUUUAUUUAUGACAAUUUGGCAGUUUCUUCCUGAAUAUAUCUUUCCAAUGACCAGCUCCUUUGCUAUUUUAUGCUGGCUCGGUCCUAAAGACCCCUUAUUGAAUUUUUGGGGAUCAGGGCUUGGUAAAGGUGUUGGGUUUUUGAAUAUAUCACUAGACUGGUCAAAUAUUGGCUCCAAUGUCAUGAUCUCUCCAUACUGGACUCAAGUUGUUAGCUUUGUUGCAUUUGUUAUCUCAGCAUGGAUCCUUAUACCAUUAGCUAAAUGGGGACGUUUAUCAUCCUUCAAGUUCGGGUUGAUGUCAAAUAAACUUUUCAAGUCAGAUGGUGAAGUUUAUCCAACUUUAGACCUUUUGAUUCGUGAAGGAAAGCAAGUUUAUUUUAAUGAAACUGCUUAUGAAGUACAUGGCCCUUUAUAUAUGGGAGCACAGAAGGCAUGGGGAACUUUUUUUUCUUACUCUUCAUAUGUAUCAGCAAUUACUUGGCUUUUGCUUUUCGGUAGAAAUGAUGUCAAUGAAGCUUGGAAUAAAUUCAAGGAAAGAUAUCAAAAUUCAAAAAACUCAGAUCAGAGAGAAUAUAUAUCUAUAAGUGAAACUUACACUGACAAGCUGAACAAAAUACAGUCAGUAUAUCCUGAUGUUCCUUUAUGGUGGUAUGCUAGUCUUUUUUUAUUCACAUUUUUUGUCUUGCUAACUAUUUUUUUGAGUGGUCAUAUGUUCAUCCCAUGGUAUACAUAUUUAGUUGCUCUAUCGUUUGGGUCACUUAUAGUUCUUCCUUUGGGAUAUCUUUAUGCAAUAUCAAACUUUCAAUUAGCAAUUGGUUCGUUUAAUGAAUUAGUCUUUGGCUUGAUGAUUGAAAGACAGAGAGGAGGGAGACAUCCAUCAUCAGCGGGAACAUAUGGUGCUAUAGCUGGUGAUGCCUGGUACCGUGCCCAAUACAUGUUACAAGAUCAGAAGAUUGGUCAUUAUAUGCAUAUGAAUCCAAGGCAUGUAUUUUGGUCUCAAUUAAUCGGACAAUUGUUUGGGGUUCCCUUCAAUUAUUUUGCUAUGAGAUGGAUACUUGAUACCAAAAAAGAUUAUUUGAAAGGAACAUUGAAAGAUCCACUGAAUCAAUGGACUGGACAGAGCUUACAGAGCUAUAACACAAUGGCUGUCCAAUAUGUUCUAGUUGGCCCCACAAGAAUGUUUUUAACUUCCCAUAAUAAACCGAUCCUACUUGGUUUUGCUUUCGGUAUAUUAGCACCAUUUGUUAUCUAUCUAUUACACAGAAAGUUUCCCAGAGCAAAAUUUCAUCUCUGGAAUAUAACAGUGUUUAGCUCAGCAAUGUCAGGAUUUUAUGGUAAUAUAUCAACAGGUUACAUUUCACAGAUUAUUAUAGGUACCAUUUCAAUGUUUUACUUUUUCAGAUAUAGACAUCAAGUUUGGGCAAAAUAUAAUUAUCUACUAGCAGCUGCUCUUGACACAGGCUUCAAUCUUGCUAUUUUGCUGAUUUUCUUGUUCUUUAGUGACGGUAGAAUGUCACACAUGCCCAAUUGGUGGGGGAAUAAUUCAGAUUCAGUUGAGAGAUGCUUUGCGUAG